GUCUUGGCCGGACUGUUCAAAGAUGGAGAAGUGGCAAGUGCCAUUCUGGACGGAGUCUCAAGGAUUCCAGCCGGCCGGUCUGACCCAACUUGUUCGGUGCGGUAUGGUAAGGAACACAGAUUUGUCUGUCGGCGUGUGGUUGGAGGAGGAGCAAGCGGCGACGACCAGGCAAAAUAAAGAUGCCAGCUUUGCUCCCCACCUCACCUCAGCUUGAUCUCCUAGACACGACGGUGACCUGUGAGAUCCCGUGGAACGCGUGGAGGAGCAAGAAUUAAUGGCGGCCGCUUCACCGCGACCGAGGGUGGAUCUCAUCUCAUCUCACAUGUCACCGUUUUGAGUUGAGGAGAGCCAAUACGUCGUCAUACUCCUCCCUCCCUCCUAGUAGUGCCGGCAGCUGGAAUAGGUCCACUCCCACCACAUCCAUCGCGCCAGCCCGGCAAUGGAGCUGCUGUGCAAGGCGCCCGUGCUGAGCUGCGGCGCCAGGAGGGUCCGGGGGGGCGGAACGGGGUCGCCCAUGGGCCCGCUGGCGGGCGCGCUGGGGAGGUGGAUCUACGGGGCCGUCAAGCCGCCGCCGCCGCCGCCGCGGAUCUGCGGGACGCCCGGCGGGCCGCCCGUCACGGCGCCCAGGGUCCGGCUCAGCGACGGCCGCCACCUCGCCUACGCCGAGUCCGGGGCGCGCAAGGAGGACGCGCGCUACAUGGUCGUCUUCUCCCACGGCUUCACCGGCUCCCGCCACGACACCAUCCGCCCCUCGCCGGAAGUGGCCGAAGAGCUAGGCGUGUACAUGGUGGGUUUCGACCGUGCCGGAUAUGGCGAGAGCGACCCUAACCCUAACCGAUCUGUGAAAAGCGCUGCGCUCGAUGUCGAGGAGCUCGCUGACGCGCUUGGAUUGGGCCCUAAAUUCUACGUGAUCGGCAUAUCCCUUGGCUGCCAUGCUGUCUGGGGCGCCCUCAAGUACAUUCCUGAAAGGAUUGCUGGAGCUGCAAUGAUGGCUCCGGUGGUGAACUACUGGUGGCCGGGCUUCCCUGCGGAUCUCGCUGCGGAGGUGUACAACAAGCAGGAGGUGGGCGACCAGUGGGCGCUGCGCGUGUCACAUUACGCCCCUGGCAUCCUCCACUGGUGGAUGGACCAGAGCUGGCUGCCCACCUCCACCGUCGUGGCCGGCACCACGCCGCUCCCCAACAAGCGCGACGCCGAGAUCCGCGCCAAGCUCAAGGCCGACGGCACGUUCCAGCAGAAGAUGGAACUGGCGACACAGCAGGGCAUCCACGAGUCGUACUACCGCGACAUGAUGGUGAUGUUCGGCAAGUGGGAGUUCGACCCGAUGAGCCUGCCGAAGCCGCCUUGCCCCGUCCACAUCUGGCAGGGCGACGAGGACGGUCUGGUGCCCGUGGUGCUGCAGAGGCACAUCGCCAGCCGGCUCAGCUGGGUGAACUACCAUGAGCUCCCCGCGACCGGGCAUUUCCUGUCGCCGGUCCCUGGGCUAGGUGACACCGUUCUUCAGACCCUUUUCGGCAAUGCUAAGCAAUGAUCAGGAACAGCAAUAGUAGCUCUGAACAUACUACGUUGCUGAAGUAUAGGGUUCUUCCGAUGCAUUGUUUUAUUCUAAGGUGGUCAGGUAAUCGCUGCUGAUUAGCGACGAUGUUAUAGGUGAAAUGGUGGUGUAACAUCAAGUGUUUUUUGUGGUGGAAAUCGCGCGGCCAGGAUGUGCGCGCAAAAUAUGUAAUUGAACCUUGGGAACGAGAAAGUAGUGGAACUACUAUACCAUGAUGAUCUUACCUUUA